CCGUCGUCGUCGUCAGUACCAUUCCACCUGUGGCACUCCGCGAACCAACACUUGACUGCCGUCGCGGCCUGCUACGUGCUACGCCAAGAGAUUGUGCUUUUGCUGCGGUUGCGGCUAUUGCUGGACCAGUCAGUAAGUCAGUGGUCUCUAGAUCUUUCUCUUCGGCUUCGGGUCGAUUCUGCUUCCUCCUCAGUGGGACAUUCGUCCGAUGUGAACCCAUAGUUCUCUAGGUCAAGACUCGAAGAACGUUUUUUUUUCUGAUUCUUUCGAUUGGUUUUUCGGUUUUUUUUGUGCGUGCGUUUAAGUGGGGGUGGGCUACGUUGUUUUCUUUUGUGGAGGUGAUUUAUUUAGGGAUUUCAAAUAUGUAAAUGAAAAUGGGAACCAUCGAUAGCGGCACAGAGACUCUUUUCUCCGACGAGUCUCCAUGUGAAUUGGUGCGGGUGCGCUCGCCCAGCAUUUGUUCCGGCGAUGAUACCGAGGUCCAGACGGAGGACACCCAGUCGAUCAACAGCAGGCUGGCCCCCCCGAACAUCCAGCCCUACAGCGGCGUUUUGGAAAAGGGAAAGGUGGUAAUCCGACCCAUCGCCUUUAAACCAUCGGCUAUGACCAUGAAUGGUUCGACGAGAUUUGGAAUGGCCGGAGAGCGAUAUGGUUCCACGCCGAUACUCACCAGGCCCGGCUCCAGGCUCACCUUAUACGGAAGUAGUAAUGACCUUCGGCCGCCAUCGCACACCAUCCACAACUACUCCUUGGAUAGAAAGUUGAGGUCCUCAUGUCCGUCGUCCACUUGUUCGCCACACUUAGCCAUGAGUUCGCUGUCUUCUCUGCAGCACAGUCACAAACUGGUUAAUUAUGACAGUUUAGAAAGCGUUAGAAAAUCCCCCAUGUCCAUUGCGGACAGUUCGGGCCCGAACAAACCUUCAUACCGGCACAUAUCAGCUUCGAACCACAGCAGCAUGAUGGACCUCACCCCAUCCCCUUCCGAUUCUGGUAUUUCGGAACUAGAAGCCGCCCUCAGGGACAGAGACUCGGAACUCGCCUAUCUGAGGCAAACCAUGGAACACAACGAACAGGUUAUCUUCAGAGUGUAUCAAGAAAAGGAAAAGGUUUGGGAACGUGAGCUGAAACGACUUAAGACUGUACAGGAUAGUAGACUUAGAACGAGCUCUCAAAAAGUACUGAAAUUAGAACAGAUGCUGAUGAUGCAGACCUACCAGAUGCAACAGGACAAGAAGAGGACCUGCGCUGACGUCCAAAGAUCGAACAUGCAAUGCGAAAGAUUGAUGCAAGAGGUCGCUGCUUUAAAAGCAAGACUUGAAGAAACGGAGUGGGGACUCUGUCAGAAGACAGGCGAGAUAUCUUUACUCAAAACGCAGCUCAAAGAAUUACAGACGGACCAAACCACUAAGUGCCAGGAACUUGUCCAAACCCGAUCGGACCACAAGUACCUACGCACCCAAGUAGAAGAAAAAGACAAAGAAAUAGAGCGUUUAAAAUCGCUAAACGCGUCUAAAGACGAAGACAUAUUAGAAUUGAAAGAAGCGAUAACCAAAUUAAAAUCGUCCACCCAAUUCAUCCAGGAAAAAAUCCAAACGAACAACAACAUCAAUAAAGAUUACGAAGAAACGGAAAAAUUACGAUCCGAAAUUAGAGAAUUAAGAGAAGAAUUGUCGGAUAUGAGCUUAAAGGACUACAGUAACAUAGAGCCCGGUCGAGUCAGAGGACAGUACAUAACCGAAGAAAACUCUCUGGAAGACCUAGAAAUACAAAAACUAAACGGAGAGAUAAACGAAGUAGAAAAGUUAAGAGAGGAACUACAAAACAAAUGCAAACAGUUCGAACACGAACGACUCACCUGGCUGCAAGAGAAAGAGAAGGUAUUGAGAUACCAGCGGCAGUUGCAGAUGAACUACGUUCAAAUGUUUAGAAGAACCAGAGCCUUGGAAGCGGAGGUCGAGAGUUUGACCAUCGAAUUAGAGCUGGAUAAAACGGGACUGAAGAAGAAACUGGAACUGUCGCAAACUAUCGAUUUAUGAUCGAAUUGCAGGUCGCUACUUACUUUUUCUCGUGUAGACUGGGCUUCUACAUCAUUUUGGAGUUAAAAGAUGCGUGGCUACCGUACAAUUUGCGUUAAAAAAAAUAUGCGUGAAGUAGCAUCGUUGAUAUGCGGUAUUAAUUUAACAUCACGAAAAUAAUAAUAAUCAUACUUUGAAUUUUUGAGAGCUCCGACUGAAUGAAAUCCUGGUGCACGUCUAUACCAAGGACGGCUCCAGGAGGGCUGUGGGGGCUUUUUAUUCAAAAAAUAUGCUAAAAGGAAUGUCUAAAGGCAAUGACCCCCCCCCCCCCCCGAAAAUUCGUCUUGGAACCGCCCUUGAUCUAUAUCUCAGUCCCGAGAGUUUUUAAAUAGACAUCAUCUUUUUUCCAAACAAUAAUUAUUAGAAAUGGUUGAUAAUGCUAGAGAGAUUUAGGAAUUAACGUAUGGUUCAUAAGUUCAUAAGUGUAAUAACUUUAUACAAAAAAAGUCUUUUAACUACGAAACUAUCUAAGAACAUAAUUUUAUUAUUUAACUAGAAUGAAUAUAUUGCUCGGCCUUGUAAUGUUUUUUAAAUAUUUUAACCCCCUUAAACCCCCAUUUUUGUUCAAUUUAUUUUUUUCAGAAUCAGUAGGCUUCAUCCCCUUAUAGAGCUUGAUGAUUUUUCCUGAAGAAUUCAAGUUGAUAUCGUUUUUUGUUUUUGAAUUAUUUUUUUUAAUAUUUUAAUCCCAUUAUACCCCCAUUUUUAUUCAGAUAUUAUUUUCAAAAUCAAUAUGCUUUAUCCCCUUACAUAGCUUGAUUUUUUCUAAAAAUUUCAACUCGAUAUCGUUUUUCGUUUUUGAUUUAUGAUUUUUUUUUUUUUUUUUUUUUUUUUUAAUUUCAAAACUCUCUUAACCCCCUCAUUUUUAUUCAGAUUUUUUCAAAAUCAAUAGAGUUUUUCCCCUUGUAAAGCUUAAUUUUUGCUCAAAAUUUAAAGUUGACAUCAUAUUUCGUUUUUUAUUUGUGUUUUUUUUUAUUAUUUCAAAACCCCCUUUACCCCCAUUUUUAUUCAGAUUUUUUUAAAACCCUUUGUCUCCUUAUAAAGCUUAAUUAUUUCUAAAAAGUUGAAAUUUAUAUUUUUUGAUUUACGAUUUUAUUUAAUAUUUCAACCCCCCUUAAUCCCAAUUUUAUUCAGAUUUUAUAAAAUCAAUAAGUUUAUAUCGUUAGGAUUUUUUAAAUAUUUCAACCCCCCUUUAACCACCCUAUUUUUCAGUUUUUUUAAGUAAUAGGCUUCAUCCCCUUACAGAGCUUGAUUUUCACUAAAAAUUUCAUGUUGAUAUCGCUUUUCGUUUUUGAUUUAUGAUUUUUUUUAAUUUCACCCCCCCCUCCCUAUUACAAGUUUGGUUUCUAUGUGAAGAUUAUAAUAUGUUUUCCCAAAAUUUUGCAAAAUUUCGCGAAUGUUCCUCAUGAGGGUUUUGGCGUCAUCAACGUCAAAUUUCCAAAAAUUAGAUCUUAGACAUAAUCCUACGUCGUAGUUUGUCUCCAUUUUGGGCAGGCCAUCCAUUGUCUUAACGUUUCGUGAUAAAUUGCUCAAAUGUCUGCAAUAGGACGAGUCAGAGUAAUCAGUAAUGGAAAAUUGCACAUAAAUACCAUCAUACACGUUUUUAUCAUUGUAUUUUCAACUGGAAUAUCAAUAUAUUGCUAUAACUGGCUUUAUUUUUUGUUUUAUAUGGAUCAGCGAAAGAUAGACAAUAAACUGACAAUAAACUGACAAUAAACUGACAAUAAACUGACAAUAAACUGACAAUAAACUGACAAUAAACUGACAAUAAACUGACAAUAAACUGACAAUAAACUGACAAUAAACUGACAAUAAACUGACAAUAAACUGACAAUAAACUGACAAUAAACAGACGAUAAACUGACGAUAAACUGAUUAUAAACUGACAAUAGAUAUGGCAACGUAAGAUAUAUCUUAAUAAUCGGAUCUCACAGGUUUGCAUGGUUGUCAAACAUAAGACGAUUUCAGCAAACGCAGCAACUUUUAAAAUUUAUCGCAAAGUGUGUCGAAACAAAAAUAAAAUCAGUAAAUUACAUGAUUUAAUUGAAAGUUAAAAAUAGUAUAAACAUUCUUAUAUUAUAUAAAAGCUAUUAUUUAUAUGUUCAUUUGAUAUCUCACUGAACAUAUCACUAUCAAUAAAUUAUAAAGUAUCAGCUAUUGAACGUUUUCCAUGUUACAACGCGGUCGGGCCGUAUAAACUAGCAACGCUGAUAUUAUUCGUUUACUGCUCGAUCUAAUGCUAACUAUCUGUAGUUUUCGCAUGCACUUGUUAAAGGCGUAUUGGAAAGCUUUCAGUGGCCGACACUGUAUACGGUAAAAUGGUUAGAAUGACGUCAGUUUUAAAAACUGUCGGGUCUUCUUCUUUUUGGUUAAUGAACAGUAAUCAAACAAGCCAAUUAUUGAAUACUCAUAAAACAAAGAUAAGAUUUUUCACAAAUUAAUUAUCCCAACUCUUAACUUUAAAUAUAUGUUAUUACCGAAAAUAAUUUUCGUUAGAAAUCUCAAAAAUCCAAAGUUUAUUGAUGAAAAUAUAAGAAGUAUGGUUGCAAUUCCGAAUUUUGAAAGUGAUAAUAGAUUCGGAUUUUCAAAAAUUUCCGAACGUUUCGCGGCACCCUGUCGGUUUGCAAUCCCACUUCAAUGUUUAAUAUUCUAAAUAUAUAUGUAUGUAUGUGAUUUUUUGGUCUUUUUAUUAUUUAUUUUAUGCUUUGUAUAUAGACAAAUAUAAUUCGUCAUUUUUUACAUUGAAUAUUUAAUAGUUUAGUUCAAAGUUAUUAUAUAUUCUUAUAUGGUGCGAAUUAAAAUUGUUGGAAUACAUGAAACGUUUUAUUUUGACGGAUCAUAAUAUAAGUACCACAGUUUUUAUGCGACAGAUUUUAAUUAUUUAUCACAACCAAAUCUAAUGCAAAUCAGACAACUACGAACUAAAUUUCAUAAAAAAUUAGGAUUUCUAUAAUUUUCUAUUGUUUUUCCACAAGUCAAGUUCUGUAUAAACUGAUCUACUAUAAAAUUCUUGUCAUAGGAAUAUGAGAAGCAAAAAAACGUAUGAAGAGUUUUGAAAUAAAGUUUGUAAUUUAUGUCUUGUAUGAUUUAAAUGUGCAAUAAUGAAAUAACAUAUAUUGUCGUUCAUCAUCUUCGAUUUUUAGAUUAGUUUCAAUUACACUUUGAAAGUAUGUAUUACUUUUACUAAAUGGGGCAGCAAUUUUUUAUAUCAAUUAACAUUUUAAAAGUAGGUCCUACGUAGUAAAUGGGGGAGUAAGUGGAAGAUGAAAAAAAUGGUGAUGAUAAAAAGAUACAAAACAAGAUGUUAGGCAAAGCCUUAACAAAUUUUUAUAGAAUAUCUACGAUUUCUAAUAUUUUCCAUUGUUUUUCCACAAAUUAAGUUUCACGUAAUACUGUUAAUUGACCAUAUUAAAAGUAGAAAAAAAAAAUUUAUUGUUAUAUUUUUGAACACAAAUAAAAUUAUUACAGCAAUUUUAUAAAAUAUCUAUGGAAUCAAAUAGGUUGUCAAACAGUAACAAAUUUUAAAAUUAACAACUUUAGAGAAAAAAUCUUAACAACCUAAAAUGUCAGUAAUACAAAAAUUCAUUUCGAUUUUUUAUACCUGGUAUGUUAUUUACAAAAUAAAACAUUUAUACGAGUCAGGUCCAAUUUUUGGAACAGAAGUAAAAUAAUAUCCCUGAGAUAAAUUAAGUAAAUAUAAAAACUCAAAAUUUAAGAGUCUUACGAAUAUAUUAAAUGACAAUCUAAAAUAAUAUAUACUUUAAUACAAGAGAUAUAAAUAAAUAAUCAAUAAACUCUAAAAAAAAUAUAUAAAAAUAACAAAAAUAAUAUAGCAGUACUUUUAUACAGGGUAUUGAUUUAUGUAUAUAUAGAAG